AUGAAUCCACAGCAUAGCAGAGAGCUCUUCUGCUGGCAUGCAUUUCAAAGACAAUCUUGUGGAAGUGGAUAUGAUAAUUUGGUAGACAGCUUUGUCAAUUUGUGUAAAGGUUCACCUCUUGCCCUUAAAGUAAUGGGCGCGCAUGUUUCUAGCGGUGAAAAGGCUUAUUGGAAGUUACAGUUAGAUGUUGUUAAGGCAAGGCUACACAAAGACAUAAGAGAUACUCUUAAAAUAAGCUAUGAUGCUCUGGAAGAGGAUCAAAAACAGAUCUUUAAUGAUAUAGUGUGCUUUUUCAUAGGGGAACGUGUGAGCACGGCAAUAAAUAUAUGGAAGGCUUCAAGGUGGAGAGCCGAACAUGCACUUCAGACCCUCAAGGACAAAUGCCUUGUUGAAACAAUACUCCGUGGUGGGGAAUUAACAUUUCCUGAUACAAUAGACUAUUAUGAGCCACCAUUUUAUUUCAGAAUGCAUGAUCAUCUCCGCGACUUGGGGAGAGAACUGGCAGAUAAUGAAACGAACCAUCCUCUUCGACGGUGGCGUCCUGAAGAUCUUGUUUUGCUCAAGCUCAAAGAGCUAUAUUGUUUUUUAUGGGCUGGUCGUACAGAUUCCACUCAACUAAACAAACUGGUGAGCUCGUUUGGAAUAUUAAACAAUCUAGAAAGGCUGCAGCUAAAUUUUGGAAAAGACAUCUUCAGAUGGAAUAUUGAAUGUAAUUGCUUGCUAUUAUCUGUGAGAAAACUCACCAAUCUGAAAACUCUAGAGUUGAUGUACUUUCAACUAGAAGAGGAAUUUGCUUUAAGCAACAGCGGAGAGGCAACUGAUGAUCGGUUUUGUAUGGGAAGCCUUGAAGCCAUAACUCUGUGUGGUGCAUUCAAAACAAGGAGGGUCUCAAUUAGUGGACAGUCGUGUCCCAUCCUUAAAACUCUUAAGCUUUAUUCUAUGGAAGAUCUAAUUGAAGUGGAUGUAACAGGGGUAACCACAUUGGAAGGUCUGGUGCUGAAUAUGACAGAGUUACCAAAUUUUGGGUUUGUCAGUUGUCUCAAGAGGAUCUGUAUUAGCCGCUGUCGGAACCUGCGGGAUAUAUCAGCUAUUGAAAUAUUGAAGGGAUUGAAGAGGAUCUGGAUCGCGCAUUGUCCAGAGCUGGAGAGUAUAAAAGCUAUUGAACAAUUGAGGAGAUUGAAGAGAAUCUUCAUUAACGAAUGUACAGAGCUGCAGGGUGUAAUUUGUUUGGAAGAAUUGAAGCCGUUGAAGAGUGUCUUCAUUGGGCGAUGUCCAAGGCUGCAGAACAUACAAGGCAUUGAAUUUUUAAUAUGCCUGGAGAGCAUUGUCAUUAACGGAUGUCCGCUGGUGCAGCACAUAACGGGUAUUGAAAAAUUGAAAGGACUGAAGCAGAUGAUUUUCUUUAAAGAUAAGUAA